GGACUGAGGACUCUGCGCCCGUAGACCUGACGGGUGUCGCAGGGCUAGGUCUCAGCCGGCUGCCCUCCCCAGGCGAGCUUCCUUUCUCGGACUCUACAUGAGAGCGGAAAGGGCGGGAACGCGGACAACCAGAAGGAACCGGUGGUCCAGAGUCCGCGGCCCCGCGGGAGAGCCGGCAUAAUUUCUGCGCAGCCGCGCCACCCAGGCCGGGGAGGCGGGGCCUGGACGGGUCGAGGGGCGGAGUCAGGUCCUGGGCCCGCCUCCACUAGCUUCUGAGAGCCGCCGAGUGCUGGGCACCCCGGCUAUUCUAGGGGCUUCAGAGGCGCCGCCCAAGAGACCCUGGGCCGGCGCCGGGCGCAGCUGCCUUUCGGCGUUUGCCUGUCCGUCUUUGUGUCUGUCUCUGUGUCUGUCUGGCUGUCUCCGAGCUUGCCUCCACUUCUAGAACUAAGCUUCUCGGAUACCGACAUCCCGCGAACCCUCGCCCCUUCCCCAUGGCAGGCCAUUUGCCCCCGAAAGACUACGCCCCUUCGCCCCCACCUCCCUACCCUGUGACUGCCGGGUACCCGGAGCCGGCGCUGCAUCCUGGGCCCGGGCAGGCGCCAGUGCCCGCCCACGCUCCUGCCCCUGCGCCCGGCUUCGCUCUCUUCCCUUCGCCUGGCCCCGGGGCCCCGGGGCCUGCUGUCCCCUUCUUGCCACUGCCAGGGGUGCCUUCUGGCCUCGAAUUCCUGGUGCAGAUUGAUCAGAUCUUGAUUCAUCAGAAGGCUGAGCGAGUGGAAACGCUCCUAGGCUGGGAGACAAGUAACCGGUAUGAACUGCGCUCGGGGGCCGGACAGCCCCUGGGUCAGGCGGCUGAGGAGAGCAACUGCUGCGCCCGUCUGUGCUGUGGUGCUGGCCGGCCACUGCGUGUCCGCCUGGUGGACCCCGGGGACCGAGAGGUGCUGCGCCUGCUCCGCCCCCUCCGCUGUGGCUGCAGCUGCUGCCCGUGUGGUCUCCAGGAGAUGGAAGUACAGGCUCCACCUGGCACCACCAUUGGCCAUGUGCUACAGACCUGGCAUCCCUUCCUCCCCAAGUUCUCCAUCCAGGAUGCCGAUCGAAAGACCAUCCUGAGAGUGGUGGGGCCCUGCUGGACCUGUGGCUGUGGCACAGACACUAACUUUGAGGUGAAGACUCGGGAUGAAUCCCGCAGUGUGGGCCGCAUCAGCAAGCAGUGGGGGGGGCUGCUCCGAGAAGCCCUCACGGAUGCAGAUGACUUCGGCCUACAGUUCCCGCUGGAUCUGGACGUGAGGGUGAAGGCUGUGCUGCUGGGAGCCACAUUCCUCAUUGACUACAUGUUCUUCGAGAAGCGAGGAAGCGCUGGGCCCUCUGCCGUCACCAGUUAGAGGCUGUCUCAGGGUGAGGAGACCAUCACCUCAACCAGAAUUCAAGAUGGUCGCCUGCCCUGGCCUGGCCCCUUCUCAGAGGCAGCACCUUUCCUCCAUGUACACUAGAGGAGAGACAGGGAUGCCUGAGAGGCUGCGGGGCCAUGGUGCCUCAUCCCUACCCUACUCCCCUGGCUUCUAUCACCUGUGGCUCCCACAGAAGGGUAUGUAUGAGAGCCCUUCCCCUGCUCCCUCCCACCACUAUCUCCGGCAGUCCCUCAGCACACAGGCAUGUCAGCUUUCAAACUUUUUCUAGCCACCUCCUCCCAGCCCCUUCUAGGACCUCAGCUCCAGACAAGGCCUUUGGAAUCCAGGGCUCUGGGGUUUUAUGGCAGGGCUGGGGUGGGGAAGGGUAAGCAGCACCAAAGAUGACAGACGUGGCCAUCCUUCCCCUGCAUCAGCUUGGCCAAUCGGUUCAGCCUCAGACCAUGGCACUCUGAGGGGAUCCUUACCUCCCCACCAACAGUUGUAGGGCCUAGACCCCAGUGCCAGCCUCCUCUCCCCCUUGGGCCCUACCCAUAGCUGGUGCUUCCUGCAACUUCCUGUGCCUUAUUUAACCCCUUCCUUCCCUUGCCCUAGGAAGGAAGCUGCAUCUUUGUAUGUUAUAUUCAUAUAAACUUUGUAACUUUUUGGA